AGCUCGUACGGCUUCUUCAAUAACUUGCCGGCCUAUGAAGAUCAUUUCCUUCCUUUAAUCUCCUCCAGUUUAUUCUUCAAUAACUUGCUCUUUUCUUCCUUAUUUCUUUGAUUACUGCUCAUCACCUUCUCUCUGAUGGAAAGUUCCAUGCUUUUUCUGGGGUUCUCCAAUUGAUAUUGCUGAGUACUUCGAUUUCCGCAUUAGGUUUUUCUUUUGGGGUUUCUGAGUUUUCCUGUGGAAGUUUGAGAAUUUGGGUUUCUUCUCUUAUAGGUGUGGUAGCUGUUAUGUUUAUUAUAGCGUCUUUCUUCGUAAUCGAAAGGCUCAGCAUUUUCUUCUAAAGCUGGAGUGAGUCCGUUUGAUUCGUAUGAAAUGUUUUCGAUGAGGUCGAAUCUUUGUGGAGCUGGAUUGGAUAGGAUCCAAGUGCUCUCUUGAUUGUUGACGACAAAGAGAGAAGAAAAUGGAUCUAUGGUUAAUCGCAGCUACUGCUGCUACAGGAUAUGUAACCAAACAUUUGCAAAAUGUAUCAAAAGGUGAAUCGUCUUCUAAAGAUUUGACUAAUGUGAAGCUAGAAUCUCCGAGAAGUUUGGCUAGUCAAUUGGCAAGAGUCAAGGAAUCAAACGAAGAAAACUUUGAGGCUUGCCUAAAUGGGGAAACUUUGGAUAUUUCUGAAUGUGGCAAUGUAUUUGAAGUGCAAGUAGCUUCGAGUAAUGAGGAGUAUUUUGGAAGUAAUGAUAAGAUUCCGACAGGUUCUUUUGGGAACAGAGCGUUUCUUAGGAGAAAUCAGCGUCAUAUCAAGCCUUUUUCUAUGGAGAAGACCGUAAUGUCUCGGUUACAUAGAGAGAAAUUCUCCGUGGAGGAAUAUAUGCAUAGCUCGUUUCCAUCACCUUGUGGUUCAGUUUUGAGGCCCUUGCUUGUUACUGAUGGUAGAAAAGUGAUUAGCAACAACACUAAAGAUUCUAUUAGCCAGCAUGUUCCGGAAUGCGGGAUUCCUCAGCUUAGGAAGUUGGAAUCUUCAGUUCUUUAUGCUAAGAGGGGAGUUGGAAAUGCAAAAAGUGCUAGUAGAAGAUCGGAUUAUGGGAUUGGAUCAGAUGAUGCAGUGAUGCUGCUAUGCGUUGGGAUUUCAAUUGGGAUAAUGUCAGCAUUUGUAGCAAACCAAACCGAACUAAACAAGGUCAGAGUAGAGUCAAAGCGGACAGAUAAUUUGGUAAAGGAUUUAGAAGAUGAGCUUGAGACAAAAGACUCAUUGACAGUGAAAGAUGAUUUACACAGUGGUGAUGGAAAGACAGCAGAGAAAUCAGAAUCUAUAAGUAAAAUUGAAGCAGAACUUGAAGCUGAACUUGAAAGGCUGGAGAUCAACAUAAGUACUUCCAACAUUGAGACAAAAUUCUCAGAUAUCUUUGAGCUGGAGCCAGAUUUUGAAGAAGAAUUUGCGCAGGGCGAGCUGAGAGAUGAUCUGGUUGAAAGGCAGUGUUUUGGUGAAACUGAGACCAACCAGGAAUGGAGUGGCAACUCCACACCUGCAUCAGGAAACUAUAUUGUCUCACCUCGGGAGUUAAGUUUGCGUCUGCUCGGAGUUAUCAAUUCACGGUAUGAAAGACGGAUAAAAGAACUUGAGAUUGCUUUACAAGAGAGCGAGAGGAAAUUGGAACAGCUGGUCAUGGAAGCAGAGGAAAAGAAGAGACCAUUGAUAAGGACUUGGGAAAGCCAUGAAGUGAUGAAUUACAAGAGAGACUCGAAUAUUCCAGUUUGUGGAGAGAAGAAGCAUAGUCCUGCAGAAAUCCAACCUCUGGUUAUGAAUUUAGCAGGGGGAGCACUUGAUGCAUUCAACGAAUCUUACGAGGAACUGAUGGAUAUAAACGAUUAUUUAGAAGAAGAUGAUUUACAAUGUGAGAUGCAGGAGACUGAGCGACAAGAGGAACUGUCUUUGACAAGCAAAAGCUCACCUUGGAGCCAUAAAGAUUACAGAAAGGGUUCCUCAAGAACUUCAGAGGAUGUGAAUUUCUCCAGGCUGCAAGAUCUACUUGGUGUGAGCGACGAAGAAGAAGAAGAAGAAGAUGAGAUAGAGAAGCAUCUGAUAAAACAGAUUGUUGAGAAAACAAAACAAGGGUCUUCUGCUGUGUUCAAUGCCCAGAAGAUGCUGUUUCUCAUGGAAGAUAUAGAACAGCAUCGAUAGACAAAAUAAAGCAUACUUCAAAUUCUCAUUGUUUCUGUGGAAAUUAUACACGUCUCUAGUUAGUUGGUGUGUGUAUGUGUAUAUAUGUAAAAGAUUGGUACAACUUAUGAUGUCAGAUCCAAACAAACUGGAAAAAGGGAAGAAGAAAAAAAGUAUUUUUGUCCAA